UUGUUGGGAUAAUUACAUAGCCGCUGUUUCUUUCGCGCGAUCAGCUUCGUCGAUAGAAACCCUAACCCUACAACCUCUCCUCUCACGCACUUCGCCGCCCUCAACUUCCACCUGCGAACGCCGAUGGAACCGCCGCCGCCUCCUUCUGCUCCGUCGGACGCUUGUCCUCCCCAGUCAGCCCCAGCCUCCUGCUGGAGCACGAUAGUUCAAAAGAAACCCCCACCCGCCUCUCCUCUGCCCAGCAACGUCUUCGGUGACUGCAAAUCGAGCAAGGGCAUUUCUGUUGCCGUUGUGGAUGCCAGCGCUAUAAUACACGGCGAUAAGCUCUCAGGCUACGCCGAUAAGUUCGUAUCGGUGAGAGAGGUUGUCGAAGAGGUUAGGGAUCCGGUUUCUCGUCAGAGACUCGCUCACCUUCCUUUCUUCGUCGAGACUAUGGAACCCUCUGCUGACGCCCUCAAGAAAAUUGUCAAGUUUGCAAGGGAGACGGGCGAUUUGCACACUUUAUCAGAUGUUGAUCUUAAGCUUAUAGCUCUAACAUAUAUGUUGGAAGCUCAGAUCCAUGGAACCAAUCAUCUUAGGGACAGCCCACCCUUGCUUCAUGUGGUCAAUGUGAAAAACCUCCCAGAGGCUAAAAUGCCUGGAUGGGGUGAUAAUGUGCCCAAUUUAGCUGAGUGGGAGGCUCUUGAGCAAGUCUCUGAGGGAGGAUUAAUGGGGGAUUCCAGGAUUCUUCCUUUGAAAGAUCUGGAUGAUAAUAUUAUUAAGGCAACUGAAGCUUCUUCCAAGCCUACAGAGCAGCAGAAUGAACAUCAGACUGUUUUAAGAUCCAGAAAGUAUAAUUUUCCUAAGAGGGAAAUCAAAAUUGCUGGAAAAAAGAUGGUUGCAGAUGGUGUUGAUGCUUCCAAUGGAGAGGAUAUUAAUAAUGUUGAUGAUUGGCACCCUGCUGUUAGCCGCAGUACUCACAUGAAGUACUUGAAAAGAAAGGCGAGACGGGAGUCAAGAUUGGAAGCCAUGGUUAAUGAACAUCCUGUAGGGGAAGAUGAGCCAUCUAAAAAAGAUGAGCUGCAGAACAGUAAAUCCAUGGGGAAUAUUAUUUGUUCAGAUUUUGAGCAAAUGUCACUGGGUACUGAUAAUUCUGAGGUUCCACAAGAAGAGGAAAAUGUCCCUAGUUUAAUUGAUGAAGAUAGCUUGGAUAAUGUAGAAAAUGAAAAUGAUAUUUGUGAAAAUGUAUCAGAAAACUUGGAAGUUUCUAGUAAUGGUGAUAGCGGUAUGAAUACAUCAUUAUUUGAUGAUGUUAGCAGUGAGCAGAGUUGGAUGAUGAGAUCUUUGUCAGAUUCAACAGUUGCCUGCAUUACCAGUGAUUAUGCCAUGCAAAAUGUUAUUCUUCAGAUUGGUCUCCGUCUCCUUGCACCGGGAGGAAUGCAGAUUCGACAACUGCAUAGGUGGGUUUUAAAAUGUCAUGCUUGCAAUAAUGUAACUCGAGAAAUUGGAAAAAUUUUUUGCCCAAAGUGUGGUAAUGGUGGCACCUUACGCAAGGUAUCUGUGACUGUCGGUGAGAAUGGCGUUCUCCUUGCAUCUCGUAGACAACGUUUUAUUCUUCGUGGUACAAAGUAUUCACUUCCCCUGCCACAAGGUGGAAGGCAUGCUAUCACAAAGAAUCUAAUCUUGAGAGAAGAUCAACUCCCUCACAAGCUUCUUUACCCCAAAAUGAAGAACAAGCCAAACAACAAGAAUGAAGAUUUCUUAUGUUCGGACGACAUAUUCUCUAAUGUUAGUGAGAAGAGAGCCCCAUUGAAGCCUCCGGUCAGGAAAGCUCUUGCACUGUUUACUGGAAAGAGAAACCCUAAUGAUAAUCAUUUUUCACGUAAGCAUUGAGGCUUGUUUAUUAUUGAAAAUUAUUUUCUUUUGUUUUUUUUUUCUGGUUUAUUUAACUGGUCUUAUUGAAUUGAAAGCACUCGUUUGCUGUGUUUUUUGUGAGAAGAAAUUGCUCUGUUGAGUAUUUUUAUUACAUCAAACAAGAAAUUUUGUA